CGCAGACAAUUCAGCACCAUUCACAUUCAGUUCAGUCUGCUGCAGGUUCGACGACCACUGCGACCAACACACAAGAUGAAAGUAAUAUUGUUUUCAGCGUGCGCAUUCGCGCUGUGCGCCUAUACCUUGGCCGCAGAAGAGUCGGCCAAGAAAGCAAAAUCGGACGACAACCAGUCCAAGAGAAGCGUAUCCGAAUUCAACUACGGAUACGGCGGCGGCUCCGAAAUCUCGAGCGGCGGCUACGGACACGGCGGCUCUGAAUUCGCAAGCGCCGGCUACGGACAUGGUGGCUCUGAAUUCGCAAGCACCGGUUACGGACAUGGCGGCUCUGAAAUCGUGAGCGGCGGCUAUGGACAAGGAGGCUUUGGUGCCGGACACGGUGACUAUAGUUCAGGAGACAUCGGUGGAGGUUACAGUGAAUCAUACGGUGGCCACCAACAAUCAUCGUAUCACCACGUACCCGUCAAGACCAUAACCAAAAAUGUACCACAACCGUACCCCGUGGAAGUAGCCAAACCAUACCCAUACCCGGUCAAAGUGGCCGUUCCCGUUGACAAGCCGUACACCGUGGAAGUACCCAAGCCAUACGCCGUGCACGUGGAAAAACCAUACCCCGUCAAAGUUCCAGUGCCCCAUCCAUAUCCCGUGGUCAAGGAAAUACACGUACCCUACAAAGUGCCGGUAGAUCGUCCGUACCCCGUGCACGUAGACAAACCGUAUCCGGUGUACGUCGAGAAGCGAGUGCCGUAUCCAGUCGAGAAGGCUGUCCACUACCCGGUCAAGGUGCCCGUCGACCGUCCAUAUCCAGUGCACGUACCAGUUGAGAAGAUCGUACCAUACCCGGUCGAAAAGCCCGUCCACUACCCGGUUAAGGUUCCCGUCGAACGCCCGUACCCCGUACCAGUGGUGAAGAGUAUCCCUUACCCGGUCGAGAAGCAUGUGCCGUAUCCAGUGGUCAAGGAAAUCCCAUAUCCAGUCAAAGUGCCCGUCAAAGUUGAAGUAAAAGUACCGUACCCAGUCAAGACUUACCAGCCCGAACACCACUACGAACACCAGGAACACCAUGAAGAACACGAUUACCAUCACGGAAGCAGUGGAUAUUAAUUCAACUCACGUCUCAAUCUAGUCACACUCGAGCCCAAAGUUACCAGUUUACGUAUGUUACGUGUACAAGUAUGGUACCUAUAUCAUACUUACACGAUGUAAUUAUGUAAAGUAUUUUAAUUUUAUGUUUAUUUUACAUUAUUUUGUGAUCGAAGCUAAUGAGAAUAAUUUGUUGAAUAUUUUCUUCUUUAAAAGUGAAAAGAUCUCGUAAGUUGUGUGGUCGCAAUAUUAUUAUACUAAACAAGGUAUUUAGUAUACUUAUGUGAUAAUAGUACAAUAUUUGCGUGACAGAAAUAUUAUGAAAGUAAUAUUUGUGUUUGUACUUUUUUUUUAAAUACUUCUUUGUUAAAUAAUAUGUACUAUACUUUUUACAAAUAAUAUAUUAUCUUUGUAUAUGUGAAAAAAAAGUAUGAUAAUAUAUUAUAUUAUUUUAUA